AUUACCGAACUUCCAGCAGCUUUUCCGUUCUGCUCCUUUAAUUUGUGAGCCGAUUUUCAGCGAGCAGCAACUUGUUACAGGCUCAGCGGUCCUUCCCUGUGCUGGAUUAUUUAUCAUGCGCUCCGUCCCAUGUCGCCAUCUGCUUGAAGGAAGAAAAAAAAAAACAAUAGGACUCUUCGAGCCACAUGAUAGGAGACAUUAACCAGGUAGAAAAAAGUAAACACACAAAAUAUAAAUAGUUUAUAGGACUUAGAAGAUCUUGUGCAACAGGUGUUCAGGAGAAUCCUGCUUGUCAGAGCUGAAGCGGAUAACUCAUUCAGCAAAGCAGAGGUUAGUUCGUACAGCGUAGGAUGCAGUGAGUUUUUUAAAUCCAGUAUGUAAAAGAAGAUGACAUCUGUUUAUUUCUGGGACGGAUUCCGCUGUUUAUCGUCGCUUUAUAGAGACCCAUGGAGCAAUAACCGAGCUUGUCCGCAGAAUUAACCCGCUGACUGACAUGUUCAGAGGCUUUAUGGACGCAGCGCUGCUAACCCUGUCCGCCCGGUGAACUGAGUCAGGGAGGGGGAGGGGGUCAUAGCAGGCAGCCGAGGGACGGAGCCGCCUAACCCGCAGCCGGCUGCAGCCAUGGUGGUGGAGGGCGACAGGACGCUGGCGGCAGCCAGGCAGGGAGACGUGCAGACGCUCAAAACGCUCUUAGCAGCGAAGGUUCUCAGCAGCGACGUGAAGGAUGUUCUGGGGGCCUCGCCGGUCCACCACGCAGCCCGGGCCGGGAAGCUGACCUGCCUGCGUUUUCUGGUGGAGGAGGCAGGGCUGCAGGGUAACUGCCUGGCAAACAACGGGGCCAGUCCGGCCCAUGAUGCGGCAGCCACGGGCAAUCUGGCCUGCUUACAGUGGCUGCUGACCCAGGGGGGGUGUCGGCCGGAGGACAAGGACAGCUCUGGAGCCACGGUUCUCCACCUUGCAUGUCGCUUCAGUCACCACGAGCUCACCGAAUGGCUGCUGAAAAGCGGUGAAGUGGACCCCGGGGCCUCCACCGACACAGGAGCCCUACCUGUUCAUUAUGCAGCUGCCAAGGGAGAUCUGGCUUCUCUCCGACUGUUACUGGGACACAGCCCAAAUGUCGUCAACUCCCAAACCAAGAAUGGUGCCACGCCGCUCUACCUGGCCUGCCAGGAGGGUCAUCUGGAGGUCGUCCAAUACCUGGUCAAGGACUGUGGGGCAGAUCCGAGCAUCAGAGCCAACGACGGGAUGACGCCUCUGCAUGCUGCUGCUCAGAUGGGCCACAGCACCGUCAUCGUCUGGCUGAUGAGUUUCACAGACAUCAGCCUGGCGGACAGGGACGGCGACGGGGCCACGGCCAUGCACUUCGCAGGCAGCCGGGGCCAUGCAAAGGUGCUCAGCUGGCUGCUGCUGCAUGGAGGAGAGAUAGUCACCGACAACUGGGGAGGGACCCCUCUUCACGACGCAGCGGAGAAUGGGGAACUGGAGUGCUGUCAGAUACUUGUGGUAAACGGCGUGGACCUGGGCAUUCGGGACCAGGACGGCUUCACAGCUGCGGACCUGGCUGAAUACAACGGCCACUCCCAGUGUGCCAAGUAUCUGCGCACAGUGGAAAACAUGAGUGUGGAGCAUCGGGUUCUGUCUCGAGACCCUUCGAUGGAGCUCGAGUCCAAGCAGCUGGACUCAGGCCUCUCCUCCCCUAACACCACCAUGCCUCCAGCCAGCCAGGCAGCGCCCUUCGACAUCGGCUCGCCGUCCAGCUCACUGUCCAACUACGACUCUGCCAACUCCAGCCAGUCCAGCACCGGAGAGAAGAGAAGCAGCCUUACAAUGUCUCGAGGACCUCCCACCCAGCUAAACACAGUGGCACAUCAAGGUGCAUCAGAGUCCGCCAUUUCAGACAUGCAGGCCUACAUGGACAUGCUGAACCCAGACAUCGGCGCCGACACGGCCAACAGGAACGAGAUCAGAGCUGAUGGUGUUCCCAACCCUCCGCCUCCUCCGACUUAUCCUCCUCCGCCUCCCCCUCAAGCUCCUCCAGAUCUCCCUCCAGCUCCGAGCUACCCGGCGCCUCCGCCCCCGCAAGAGCCUCAGUCGGCCGAGUUCCUGAAGGUGAAAAGCAACCUGCGGCACGUGGACAGCAAAAGCAGCAAAAAGGAGCACCUGACUCCUGGGGAGAGCCACGAGAAAUUGCGGCGAGUGGAUUCAAACAGGAAGUCGAGGAGCUUCAACAAACAGCCCAGCACUGGGGACUACUACAAGAGUCUGGGCAACGACACGGCGGAGCCCCGUGGGAGCAAAGGCAUGGCGCCCAACGAGGAGGGUUCGGUAUUAUUGGAGGAGCCUACAGAGGGUCCCGCCCCCACCUCUGAAAAUGGCACCACAGAGGAAUCUGUGUCGCCUCCACAGCCGCCUCCACCGCCUCCUCUCCCCCCCAGCAAUCCGAUGCCAACGCCCCCUCCUCCUCCUCCGCUACCCACCGGGGCACAAGCCACCCAGAACAACGGCAACACCGCCCCCAGCUCCGCCCCCACCUCCACCGACAACAGGCGCCCAUCUUCCUCAUCAGGAAGCGGGAAUAUCUCUAUGUCCCACCCAGACAGAGGGCCGCUUAGACAGAUGAAGAGCACAAAAUCUUUCAACAUGAUGUCCCCCACCGGAGACAACUCAGAGCUGCUGGCAGAGAUCAAAGCCGGAAAGAGCCUCAAGCCCACGCCUCACAGUAAAGGCUACACCACUGUGUUCUCCAACACAGGGACGACGGGCAACAAUGGAACCACCACACCUCCAGAAACCCAAACAUCUACCCCACCCACCAAACCACCCUCCCCUCCACAAUCCAGCCCGCCCGUCACCCCUAGCCCCAGCCCCAGCCCCAGUCCCAGUCCCACUGGUUCCAGGAACAUGUCAGGCUCUGCGAGCUACGAGCAGCUGUCCUCCAACUCCGUCGUCAAUGGGGACGGCGGAGCUGGUGCGGCGCAGCCGGAGUCGGAAAGGAAGACGAGCCUCGCCGACAUUGAGGCGCUGGUGCCCAUUCAUGAUGAGCAGGGGAAACCCAUCCCCGAGUGGAAACGGCAGGUGAUGGUGAGGAAGCUUCAGGCCAAGAUGCAGGAGGAGGAAGAGUACAAACGCAAGGCUGAAGAGGAAGCACAGCGCCUGGCUUCAAUGCCAGCCUGGAGGAGGGACAUGAUGAAGAAGAAAAUGGACGAGGAAAGAUGUGACAGGGAACAAAAAAGAAAAGCAGAACAGCAGGCCAAACAGGCAAAGGAGUGCGAGGAGAAGCAGGAGCUGGAGCGACUACGGACCAUGGGCUACGAUGAGACCAAGCUGGCCCCCUGGCAGCGGCAGAUCAUUCUGAAGAAAGGGGACAUAGCCAAAAAGUGAACUGGACCGUUUUCCCUGCAGCGUUCUGCGCCCUCGCACACUCGGUCCGAAAUGUCUCCCUCCUCCAUUCUUUAACCCCACGCCGAACAGACAGAGGUGAGGAGAGCUCGUCUCCACCCCCUCCUGAAACUCUGUUGUGUCACUCUUCGGGGCCCCGCAGUAACCGAGGCCCGCUUCUGCGGUUGCUGCCUGGCCACACAAGCUCUGAGACUCGGCUCGGGUGAAACACAGCAGAGUUGAUCCUACACCUCUUACUAAAAGUCUCAUGGACACAAAUGAUUGUUUAGCAAAGCAUUUCUGACAUGCACUGACCCUCUUUUUUUCAUUUUCUUUGCUAAGGCACUUGUUAAAGACCACUAAGUCAAAAUCACAGCUGGUGUAUACUUACAUUUCUACAAAACUGCUAAUUAUUGGAUGAUGUGUCGCGUAGGAGAUUUAAGUUUUUUGGUAGAUGAAACAGAUGACAUAUGAGGCUGUUGUUGCUAAGAAAUUGUCUAUUUUUCAGACUGUAAUCGAAAGAGAAGUAGUUCAGAUAUCUAAUUUGUAAUCAAUAAGCAGCCAAUUAAUAAGAACAAGUAGUGUCCCAUCGAUGUUUCGUCUUAGGCAUAAGAUUUAGUGUCAAGCACACAGAUGCACUUAUUGUGCUGUUACAGGAUAGUUCAGCUGUUUAAAGCCGAGGUUUUCUGAGAAGGUCAUAAACAGUUGAUAUCUUACCUGCUUUAGAUUCCCAUCUCAGUCGCUUCAUUUUGUAUAAAUCAUGAUUAGCUGGUCUAGGAGAAGGUACACUAUUAUACUUUAAAUUAUCAUUACGUUUGGAUUAGAAGGUUGUUUACACACAAAUGAAUGACUGAAGGUAGUGUGAGGCGCCCUGGGGUCCUCUGGGCCUGAUGAAGCGCUUUACAAUUACAGGCCAUUAAACAGGAAGCUGAGGUUGGAGGACGUGCGUUACCAAUAAUCUUCCUGCUGGAAAUCCAACAGAAAAUGUAAAGCAUCUCUGGUGACAUAAAAAGUAAUUUUUUAAGGAAAUGCUUUGCAUGUUCCACGCAGUUCAUUUCCGACAGGAAAAUCCUUGAUAGCAGACCACUUCCUACCUCUGUUUUCCCAUGUAAAUAUUAAUCAGAUUCUGUUGAAAUACCCACUCAAUGCAAAUAAAUAGACAUUAAUCCCUGUGACUUCUGCGGGCAAGAUAUUCAUUUCUUAUGACCUCUUAGUAGAGCCUCCAUUAAACCUGAAUUAUCCCUUUAAUAUUCUGCCAGUGUUUUGGCAGAAACUACCGCCGGUUGUUUCAUUUAUAUUCCGCCUCAAAGCUAACAGUUUAUUGAUGUUCAUUCGACAAGGUCAUUAUCCAAAGAAUCUGGAAUAAUAAUAAAUAGCAUAAUUUUAAAUCAACUGCUAGUAGCUCUUGUAUCAGAAAAAUAAAACCAAGCUCGAUUUUAUUAAUAUAAUGUUUUAACGUGACCGGAAUGUCAAACUACGUUGUUUAAUCAUGAUUGUGAAUUUUUUGUGAAUCGCUGCAUUAUAAGAAUCAAACAUGUUUUUAAUGUUUAAUAACAAGGAUACCGGAAAUCUAAGAUGGAAACCCCUCGCCCAAAAAAUAAGACAAAGCGCUGCGAUUUACAGCAGCUGUCUGAUCCGAACCCAUCCGCUUGUUUCUUGCCUCCGUCCCACUGAGCUGCAGGAUGAAUCUUUGAUGAACAGAUCUGCUUACACAUCACAGAGUCCACAGGCAGGCUCACUAAUGAUAAACUACACUGCUAGCUAGCUGAGUUGAUGUGCAUGUUCAAAAUGAACACUAACCAGUCGCAUAUAUAAGAUGAGGAAGACGUCUGAAAAAGUACUGUAUGAUUCACUUUUAGACAUUCAGAGAUCUUUUGUUCAGCCUGAGAACUAUUUCAUCAUUUCUUCCUUUCCAAAUUUGAAACUAUUUUUUACAAUCCAUAAAACAUUAGAACGGUGUUAAUCUGUUUAAAGCAGUGGUUCCCAAAGUCUGGGUCAGGACCCCAAUAUGGGUCUUGAAACACCAAGUGUGUGGUCUUUAGAUUAUCUAAAGAACUUUAAGUUAAACUAAAAAAAUAAUUAUUUGUUCCAUUUUUUUUUUACCUUAAAAGUUAUAAUAAAAAAAUAAAGAUAAAAUCUGUAGUUGUUAAUGGAUAAAAAUAGUGUAAUAGUUGAGGCUGUUUUGUAGCUACACUCAUUAAAUGGGUCAUUAGUUAUGUUUGUGUAUAUCAAACAGCGAUGCGAUAAUUGUGUGGGUUAGAAACUGAAAAAAAUGGGGUACACUGGUUUGAAGGUCAUUAGAAAAUAAAUAUUUUGAAAUAGAGCUCUCAUCGUUGCAUUUACAUUUAAUGAAUUUCUUUUCCCUUUUUGUAAUCUCAUCAUUACAAAUAAUCUCUUUAAUUCAUCUGGUCGGGUUUGAUUGAUCAUUUGGAAAUAUUCUGACUCACUUCUCAUCAGAUGCCAUAUGAUAUUAAAAUUUAAAAUAAUGUACGUCAUUGCCAUUUAAUUUUCUAUACAUAUAUUAAUAUAUAAACUCUGUACAUAGUGACCCUUAGAUUUUAUUUUAUUUUUUUGUCAUUUUAUUUUUUCCAGAUUUCAUGAUAUUACAUGUCCCAGCCUCGCUUGGAUGUAGAAUGUUGGCUUCUUUUCUUGUCAUAAUAACUUCAGACUGAUAAAAAUGAGCAGAAUAAACCUCAGAUCAUUUAAACGUA